UAUUACUAGUCUCAUUUCGUGCACCGAUAGCAUCGCAAGUAAAGUGCAGUUUUACAAUCAUCGUCAACAACGGAAAAUGGUUCCAAGGAUAGUGGUGCCUUUGUUAGUCGUGCUUGCUGUGGUGGCCGCCAAGCGAUCGUACGAAGGCUACAAGGUGUACGCAGUUGUACAGGAAACCCAGCAAGAUGCUGAUGUGCUUCGUCAGCUUCAGGAAUCGAGUUUCGAUCUUGACUUCUGGCAUCUCAGCAGACAGUUGGGCGAUGAAGCACGGGUUCUCGUAGCCCCAAAGGACCAACGAUCUUUCCUCAUCCAACUUGUCAAGCAUGGCUUGCAUUACCGAGAGCUAAUCACUGAUGUUGAAAGCACGCUUGAUAGUUACAACGAAGUGCUUCCACGUAGCCAUCAUCGUGAUGCCAACAUCUUGAACAACUAUCUGCGUCACGAUGACAUCAAUAAGUACUUGGAAGAUUUGGCUAGGAAGUACUCGUCUCAAGUUAGCGUAGAGGAGGUGAGCAAAUCACACGAAGGCCGGUCUCUCAAGACAAUCACGAUCAACAAGAAACCCAACAAUGCCGUUAUCUUCUUGGAUGCUGGAAUUCACGCCCGUGAGUGGAUUGCUCCUGCCACAGCUUUGUACGCUAUCGAUCAACUGGUUGAGCAUGCGAAUGAAAAUCAGGACGUCCUGUCAAAUCUGACUUGGAUCAUUCUUCCGGUUGUGAACCCCGACGGAUAUGAAUUCUCCCACGAAUCGGAUCGUUUUUGGCGCAAGACUCGUAAACCUGCUGGCAUUUGCAAGGGAACCGACGGAAACCGGAACUUUGAUUUUCAUUGGGGAGAAGUUGGUGCAUCGAACUCUGACUGUUCGGAUACCUAUCGUGGUGAUACUGCUUUCUCCGAACCGGAAACCCAGGCCAUUCGUGAUGCUCUAAACAAGCUGAAGGGAAGCUGUAAGUUCUAUCUAACGCUUCAUUCGUAUGGAAACUACCUGCUGUAUCCUUGGGGAUGGACCAGCGAUCUUCCGGAAACAUGGGAAGAUAUUGACGAGGUGGCUCAAGCUGGCGCAGCGGCUAUCAAGCAGGCUACUGGAUCGAGAUACACCGUGGGAAGUUCAACCAACGUCCUGUACGCUGCUUCCGGUGGAAGUGAUGACUGGGCAUACGCAGUAGCCGAAGUUCCAAUUUCAAUCACCAUGGAACUGCCCGGUGGUGGCACCGGUGGAUUCAAUCCUCCUCCUUCGGCUAUAGAGGCUAGCGUGAAGGAGAGCUGGGUCGGUAUCAAAGCUAUGGCAUUGAAAGUUGCGCAAAAAUUCUGAAUAAAUUGACGAUAGGCAGUGGAAAACUGUACUUUACAAGGGAUGUCAUAACGCUUGUUGCAUUACCUAUAGAAAUCCACUUUUAAUUGAAUUCUUCGCUACUUGAAUUUUGCAAUUCGUGUCUUCUGAACUGAGAAUACCAUUUUCAGACAUCUUG